AUGGCGGCGUGUCACAUCAGAAAAAACCUUGCUGCUUUGAGGCAAUUUCCUCGCGUUGCUUUGAAUAACAUCAGAGAUUUGCCGGAGGCUUUUAAACCGGUACUAGGAAAAUCUCACGACAAUUAUAAACUUCUUCUUCAUUUUAUUCCAAAGGAACAUCGUAAAGGUCGUGGUAGAGGAUCUGGACGGGGAAAAACUUCUGGGCGUGGUCAUAAAGGACAGGNUCAAAGAAACACAAAACCCAGGCUUGGAUUUGAAGGAGGAAAUACACCGUUCUAUAUUCGGGUCCCUAAGCAUGGUUUUAAAAAUGUGUACAAGAAGAUCUAUUCACCUUUAAACUUAAACCGGCUGCAGUUCUUUGUAGACAGUGGACGCAUUAAUCCCAAAGAACCAAUCACGAUGUUUCACCUUUGGAGAUCUGGAGCAAUCGCUGGGAGAAUAAAGGAUGGUGUUACGUUAUUAGGAGGGGGUACGACUUGGUUCCGGGCCAAACUUGAUAUCGAAGUUAGCAUAGCGUUGAAAACAGCCAUAAAAGCCAUCGAACGACAGGGUGGAAAAAUCACUUGUGGUUAUUAUAACAAACUGGGUCUACGCCUCUUACUCAAACCAGAGAUCAUUGAGAAGUUUGAAGGGCGCAAGAUCCCAAGAAGAGCUCGUCCACCCAGGAAGUUAAUGGAAUAUUACACAAGCGUAGAAAACAGAGGCUAUUUGGCAGAUCCUGUUGAACUUGAAAAUGCCAGACUACAAACUUACAAGCUUGAAAAUGAAGUGGAUUAGUGCUUAACAUACAUUGCUACUGUUUCAGUAGUGCUGUUUGGUCGAUUACUCUAAAGUGAUUAAAAAUU